AUGCCGUGUGCGCACGCACCACCCGCACCAAGCUUCGCUCCACCGCCAUUAAACCAUUCUCAUGCCAACCGUCAGCCUGUGUGGUUGUCCCUUCAUUAUCCCUCGUCGCGACAACCCACAAUUGGUGACCCGAACUACCCUGCUGAUCCAACUGCAUACCCACCGCUGAUCGCUUUUGCCAUGCAGGAGUCCUCUUCCACCAGCAACGUCAGUCGCGCCUCCGUGAGACUACCGCCAUUUUGGCCUGCGAACCCUACCAUCUGGUUCGUACAGGUCGAAUGCCAAUUCCAACUGGCUGGCAUCACCACGCAAGCGACAAAGUAUCAGCACGUCGUUUCCGUCCUUCCACCCGAGGUAGCUUCUGAUGUGACAGACAUUCUCUGCGCUCCGUCGGGCCCUACGCCCUACGACACACUUAAGGCUGCUAUCAUUCAGCGCACCAUGGCAUCCGACCGGAAGCGUUUCCAACAGCUUCUCUCCGCCGAAGAUCUCGGAGACCGGCGACCAUCCCAAUUUCUACGGCAUAUGCAGAGCCUGCUCGGUGACCGCGCCCAAACUUUUGACGAAGCACUCCUCAAGGAGCUAUUCUUACAGCGCCUUCCAUCUACCGUGCAGAUGAUACUGGCCACUGCAACCAACCUUUCGCUAACAGAGCUGGUGCUUCAUGCGGACAAGAUUCUGGAAGUGGCGCAGCCUUCACUAGCCGUCAUGCAGGCCACCCUUCCGAUGCCCGCCCACGUGUCCGCACCCUGCACUUCGGUGACUGCCCCUCAGCCUUCCUUCCGUCCUGCCGAUCCAACAAGCGAAAUUGCCGCUCUUCGAGAGGACGUUCACGAGCUCCGUGCCCUCAUCGCCACGACGCAGUCGAACCGUGGCCCUGCCUCCCCCCGACGCCCCUCCCCUCGACGUCAGCAAUUCCGUCGCGGUUCACGAUCCCGGCAAUUUCGUAGGUCCCAUUCUCCAGAGCGUGCCAACCCUUCACCAUUCUGUUGCAAGGCGAACAAGUGCAAGUUCCCGAUUUACCACCUGACCGCUGUCAACAACACCAGCAUUCCCGUUUACGGCGAGCAGUCACUGACACUAAACCUCGGCCUACGUCGCUCCUUCCCCUGGAUCUUCAAAAUCGCAGCCGUUGACCAGGCUAUUAUCGGAGCAGAUUUUCUGCAGCAUUUUGGUCUGCUCGUCGAUGUGCGUCGUAAGGUCCUCCUUGACUCGAACACGGGACUGCGCAUAGCAGGCAUGGGAUCAACGCCCCGCAUUUCCUUGCCCGCCAUCUCCCUCUCGUCCCUUCAGUAUCCCUUCGCUGCCGUGAUCAGCGAAUUCCCUUCUCUGUCCCAGCCCCCUGAUUGGACGAAGCCCGUUCGCCACGACGUCGUCCAUUAUAUCAACACGUCGGGGCCCAGGGUCCACUUCAGGCCGCGUCGUCUCGCCCCUGAGAAGUGGAAUAUCGCUCGCAGCGAAUUCGACCAUAUGUUGGCUAUCGGCAUCGCCCGCCCCUCCUCCAGCGAUUGGGCAUCUCCCUUACAUAUGGUCCCCAAGAAAACCGGAGACUGGCGGCCAUGCGGCGAUUACCGCGCCCUGAACAUCGCUACGAAACCCGACCGCUACCCGCUGCCCAAUAUACAGGAUUUCACAAUGAACCUAGCCGGGGCCAAGUAUUUCAGCAAAAUCGAUCUCACUAAGGCAUACCACCAAAUUCCCGUAGCGCCAGAGGACGUUCCGAAAACAGCCAUUGUGACACCUUUCGGGCUCUUUGAAUUCCUGCGCAUGCCUUUCGGCUUGAGGAACGCUGCGCAGACGUUCCAGCGUUUUACUGAUUAG